AUGUACUUGAGUUUCCAAAACAAGUCAUUUUGGGAAAGCCUGCACUUACAACAUGGCCUUGAGGAGUGGGAUAUGGCAGAGGAGCUCAAACUCACCAGCACUGAAGAGUUUCUGCAAGGACGGGGUGUUCAGCCCCAUCUGUGGAUGUGGGUAAACCCCAGCCUGGCCUGUCCCCUCCCUGGGAGCCCUGGAGCAGACCCAGCCAGAUCCGAAAGCCUGGUGGCCUCAGUUGCUGGUGCCACAGAAACCUCCUCUCUGAACACAUCCUACUGCUCCGACCUGGACUGCUCCAAGGAGGAUGUGCUGUCAUCCUCCAGUAAGGCUGGAAAGCUUACUGAGGAUGAAGCUCCUUCAUGUAUGGACAUCCCAGUUCCUCAGGAGAUGCCGAAAAGUCCCAAAGUCAGAAUGAUGCUGGUGCCUUGGAAAUCCACAGUCCUCAGUCCUCAGAGCGUGAAGCUCAAGUGCCCCGGGCAGAUGAGUGCCAAAAUUGAGGGAGGCUGGCCCCGUCCCCCCCUUAAUUACAGCAUCCUCAUCAGCCUCGCCCUGUGCAACAGCACAGGUGGCAGUCUGACUGUACAGCAGAUCUACCAGUUCACACGGCAGCACUUCCCAUUUUUUCAAACGGCCCCAGAGGGCUGGAAAAGCACGAUCCGACACAACCUGUGCUUCAGCAGCUGCUUCGAGAAAAGCACUGGCUCCGCACGCGCCAAGGGAAACCACAAGUCCUGCCUGUGGAAACUGACCCCAGGAGGACGCAGGAAGUUUCGGGAGGAAGCACAGGCCCUGACUAAAGAGGCUCUCGACCUGGUGCGCCGAAGUAUGAGCAACUCGGGGAAGAAAUUUUCCCGAAUAUCCAGCCUAAACCUCCCCGAGACC